CGUCUUUGCGCGUCAACACUUCAAACACGGACGCCGCUGAGGCUGCUUGCUGUGCGGUGGCUUAUUUAGGGGCGGGAAAAACGGCAGCUCCCAUAUUAUCCCUGCCGUCGUUGCGCUGCUGCAUGAAAUAACCUUUAAAAAUACGGGGAAUUCCUGUGCCACGCGUUGCGGCUGUGAGCGCUUGUGUGGAAAAGACCUGUUUCCUUUAAACUCGUAUGGAGUGAGCUUGCUGUGAGUUUCCUCUGGCGAUGUUCCAGGUAUUCAACUUCAGGUCGCGGUGAAACUUGCUACACGCGGAUGGGACGGGUCUGGAAAAUCACACUCGGCGUAAUUUCGCUCGAGCACUGACGAUGCAGUGCAACAGGGACUUUUUACCGCAUGGCAAAUGGAAGAGGCGACUACAUGACUGGAUUUAUUUCACACACAUCGGUUCAAGAUUUCCAAUCUGCAACACUUCCUUUCUACUCUCUCACAGAAAUCACUAGAGAGUGGAGGGGUGACAGUGGCCUGGUAAAUUCUGACCUUUGAUCCAGUGAAGUGUGGGUCCUGGCCAGUGAAUGACCAGAGAUGUACCAGGAGGUGGCCUUCCUUGCAGGCAGCACCGAGCAUCAGUUUACCACCUUCCACUUCAAUCCUUUAAAGAGCCCUGUAGAAACUGGUACCAAGAAGGGUGUCUUCUACAAACGUGCCAGACAGCUGCCAUGGCCUUCUGGGCAAGAGGAAGAGAUUCAGUGUAGAACAGCCAUUACAGACGAAGCUUUCUUCACUGACAGCACUGCCAUUAUUAAUGUAGGUGGUAUCCGUUAUAGCAUCCCAUGGUCGACGCUUGAGGACUUCCCCCUGACACGUCUAGGGAAGCUACGGUGCUGCAGCAAUGCUGAGGAAAUCUUGGAUUUGUGUGAUGACUACGAUGCAUGUUGUAAUGAGUUUUUCUUUGACCGCAGCCCAAAUGCCUUCCGCUGCAUUGUGACUUUCCUAGCAGCUGGAAAGCUGCGGCUCCUUCGAGAGAUGUGUGCUCUAUCCUUCCAGGAGGAGUUGCUAUACUGGGGUGUGAAGGAGGCCAGUCUAGAUUGGUGCUGCCUGAGGAAGCUGCGGCUCAGGCAGGAAGACCAGCGAGAGCAUUUGCAGCAGGAGGAAGAAGAAAUCGAGCUGUUGUUACUGCAAUCCUGUGAGGAGGCACCGGGGCCAGAGGGCCGUCCGGCUGGGUGCAUGCACAACCUAAGCAACAUGGUUGAGAACCCACACUCAGGGCUGCCAGGGAAGAUCUUCGCCUGCCUGUCUGUAGUGUUUGUGGCCAUAACAGCAGUCACCCUCUGUGUCAGUACCAUGCCAGACCUGAGAGAGGAAGAGGAAAGGGGUGAGUGCUCCCAGAGAUGCUACAAUAUCUUUGUGCUUGAGACGGUGUGUGUGGGAUGGUUCUCUUUAGAAUUCUUAUUGCGCUUCAUUCAGACACAGAGGAAAUGCAUGUUCCUGCGCUACCCUCUCAACAUCAUUGACGUGGUUGCCAUCUUGCCAUACUACAUCACUCUGAUUUUGGACUCUCUGUCGGUGGGAGACCGGCCCACUACCUCAGGAAACAACUACCUGGAGAAGGUAAGCUUGGUCCUGCGAGUCCUGCGAGCACUGCGCAUUUUCUAUGUGAUGCGAUUAGCUCGUCACUCUCUGGGCCUUCAGACGCUGGGGCUGACCAUACGCAGAUGCACACGUGAGUUAGGCCUGCUGCUGCUUUUCCUGUGUGUCGCCAUGGCACUGUUCUCACCACUGGUCUUCCUGGCUGAGAGUGAGAUGGGUGCCAAGCAGGAGUUCACCAGCAUUCCUGGCAGCUACUGGUGGGCUGUCAUUUCCAUGACAACGGUGGGCUAUGGUGACAUGGUGCCACGCAGUAUUCCGGGACAGGUUGUGGCACUGAGCAGCAUCCUUAGUGGUAUCUUGCUCAUGGCGUUCCCAGUCACAUCUAUAUUCCACACCUUCUCCCGCUCCUACCUGGAGCUGAAGGAGCAAAGCCGUGCUACACUCCACAAACCCCAUUUGCAGGACAGCACCAAGUCCCAGAACAGCGAAGACUCACAAGACACAGACAGUUCCCUCCACAGGGAGGAGCACUGAACCCAUGCCAAUGCAAAAGUCUCAAGAGAUUAGAAGAUAAAAUACUUAAAAAUAAAAUGUAGAAAAUGGUGUGUUGUCAUACCACAUCUGCUUAAAGUGCCCUCCAAAGAUACAAAUACGAAUCAAAUAUUUUGGCCAGUUGUAAUUUUUACUGCAUGUAAAACUUAUGGCCACAGCUCAAGGGAUGUACAACAAAUAGGUUGUUCCAUGGGCCACUGAGCCCAGGACUGAUAUCCCAAACUCAAAAUCUCAUAGGCCCAGUAAUAACCUAAUGUUAAAGUUUCCUUAUUGUUCAUACGUAAUAAAAAUAGGCACACUAUUUUUGGAGUGCACUGUCAUGAGCCGAGUUAAAUGCUGCACAGAGGAAGGUUUAGAAAGGACACAGUGGAGCUAAUCUCAUGUACCGUUAUAAGUUAAUACUCUAAUGCAAAGCACAACUUUUAAAGCAAUGGCAUGGUGAACACUGCUAUUUAAACCUUUGCUCUCUGUUUGAUGACUAUCAUACUAUUUUGCAUCUACUGUUACAGCACGAAGAUCUCUUUUCUGGCUAAAGAUGAUUUCUCAAAAUUUGAUGACUUGCUUCUAAAUGCUGUAGACUCAGGAUUUUUUAUUCUUUCAACACACUCUUCAGGCUCUGGAGUAGGACAACAAUCAUAUCAGUAUUUCCAAAGGGUGAAAUAUUUUUUCAAAGGGCCAGUUUAUCUGUUAUACUGGCAGUAAAAACAACAGUACAGCAGAUAAUGUGUAGAGGAACACGCUGUAAGUGCAAUAGGGAAGAGAUUCAUUUCAAAUGUUUCUGAGGUUUGAAAGGAUGUAAAAUUUUGCAUUUUUUUCAUCUAAUCUUUUUAUUUUGCACUUUGCACUGUAUAAUUCAAAGUAUUUAUUAGAGCUGAAUAAAUCCAAUGAAAUUACUUGUUGCCAUGAAGUAUUUUUUUUCUACAGUGCACUGACAAAUCUUUUUUUUUUUAAACAUUUUUUUAACAAUAUACUCAAGAUAUUAACAUCCUACGCUGCGGCAUGAAUAAAGCUUCAGCUGCCCAGCUGACCAGCUAACCUCAACUGUGGAUAAAGAUGGCAAAACUAAAUCCUUGAAAUGAAUUCAUUAUUCGGGCAUGGGUGUAAGGAGCUUCUGUUGCGAAAGCUGUUUAACUGGCUAGUGUUUCAAGGACAUGAUAUCUGGGUUUAGAUCUAUGGGAAAGAGAGCAGUAAAUAUGUGUAAAAAUUGGGUUUGAAAACACAUUUAAUGACAGCUCAUGCAUAGUGUCAAUGCAUUACAUGAUCAGACUGUGUCAGCAAGAACAGUCCACCCACAACCACACAGGGAGGGACAUAGUAGGGCUGUGGUUCAUCAGUCCAUCAUUACAGGUGUGAAUGCACAUUCAGUGCAAGACUCAUUCAAAAUGCACCACAGAGUGCCACAUGAAGUCAUUCUUACCUGUUGCCAUUAAACUCUAUAACUCUAUAACAGAGGUUUUAUACAGUAUGUCUCAUUUAUUAUCACAGCCACUGCCAUUUUACUGUAUUUGUAAGAAUUUAAACUUGUACAUACUGCAAAUUUCUCUUUUUUGUCUUAAAUUUUAAAAGUGUUUCUUCUUUGAAAUAAAAGAUAGCAACUCUAACAACUGCAAUUUCCCUCUGGGAUCAAUAAAGUACUCUGAUUCUGAUUCUAAUUUAAGAGUGAUGUAAAAAAUGAUGGCACUGGUCUAUGGACAUCCUUUACCAUUUUCUUCAAGGGAGAGAACAGAAUGAGGAAGCACAUUGGCAUGUCAGAAAAAUUCUGCCACCCGAUGCACCUCAUGUUAUGUAAUUUCUUUAUUUAGUUCAUUCUUUAUUCAUUUCAUUAUUUAGACAUUCUGCACUACUUAGUUUAUAAAACAGACACAUUGCUUCAUGUGUAUGGAUGGAGAUAUGAAGAAUACUGUCCAAUUAAAGCCAAAACAAAGAGGUAUUUUGCUUAGUUAGAAUGAGUAACCUAACCUUCUUAUUCUCCUCGGUUGCAGGGGGUGCUGGAGCCUCUUAUAUGCAGUUAAUGCAACAAAAGCAAAGAAACACUAGCCUGCUCUGCCUCUGUUAUAAAUGAAACUUUCAACACGUAUCGGCUAUACUAUGAUUAUUUGUUGAUGUCUGCUGUAAAUAGAUCAUUCAACAUUUUUGAGGUAAUUUGCUAAAAACAUUAUUAAAUCUUAAUAAUAAAUAUUUUUAGUGACCGGCAACAGAAACGACAACUGGCAGAAAAAAAUGCCAAUAAGCAAUCACUAUACUGAAAGUGUUAUUCAAUAUGUGCUAUUAUUUCUUGUUGUGUUUUAAUAUUGAAAUGCAAAUCAUUAGACACUGUGACAAAUACUAAUUAAAUGCAGCAGCAUGUUUUUACCUUGUUUUAGGUCACUGGUCUCUUCUACUUGUCAUACCAAAUUUACACCUUAAGAGCAAACGUGUAAGUACUGACAUUCCACAUAGUUUAAUCCAAAACCUUUUUAGCAUCAGUAAUGAAGGAAGAACAUCACACUUUGAUAAGGAUAUGCCAGAAUUACAUGUUCCCCAACAAAACCUUUUCAUCAGGUGAAAAAUUCAAUGCCCCACCAUUCUCAUGGUAGUUUUUCAUUGGAUGGAGGAAGUAAUGCUUAGAGCCUGUUGUGACUGGCUGUCAAUCAUUAUUUCAAUUAAGCAAUGGUGUAAAUUUAGUCUGACAAGUAGAAGGGAUGUAGUGAUGUGAUGGUAGGCUGUUGUAUGCAACAUAAAACAUACUGCUUCAAGGGAUCUUUGAUACAGCGGAUCACCUGUUUGAUUGGUCGCAACAAGGCUGUAGAUCAUCAUGUAGAGCUCCAAUUUACUGAAGAAUUGUGAAAGCUAAUUUCCACAAUGAGCAAAAUGAAAUGUUAAAAACAAGGGAUUAACACAGAAUACAUUAAGGUACUUACGAUUACUUUUAUAAUUCAUCACUUGUAUUUUUUUUGUUUUAUUUUUUUGAGAAAUGUUUUUAUUCUUGAAUGAAUAAAUGAACCUCUGCAUUUAACCCAUCUGUGCAGUGAAAAACCCACAGACAUGCACAGCCCUAUUUAGAGCACCCGGGUAGCAAUUAGGGGUUAGGUGUCUUGCUCAAGGGCACCUCAGUCAUGAACGGUCAUCCAAGGGGAUCAAACCAGCGACCUUCCAGUCACAAGGCUGGUUCCCUAACCUCCAGCCCACGACUGGCCCCGUCUUAUUAUAGAAGCCAACUUUCAAUGGCACUAUCCGUAUUUGCAGGGCAUGAGAGGUCACUGAAUGGUUUGAUGAGUAUGAAAACAAUGAAAAAGUCACCAGAUAUCAGCCUAGCUGAAUGCAUGACAGUUUUUAGGACCUGUGUGUCAAGCAGCUCUCUCCAAAAUCAUCCUCAAAACACCAACUGAGGAAAUAUUUUUUUUGGAAGAAAGUUUUUCCAUUCCUUUCCAUACAGUUCCAGAGACCUGUAGACAUAGUCACAGAGCUGCAGUGCAUGACAAGAUAAGCUAGUAAUAAUAAAAAAUAAAAAAAAAAUAAAAAAAGUCAACAGAGAGAGUAGGCUAAUUUGAACAGGUGAGUUUUAAGACUGGAUUUGAAAAGAGGAAAAGAGUCAAUGUUACGGAUGUCAGGGGGGAGGGAGUUCCAGAGUGUGGGAGCAGAGCGGCUGCCCCAUGGUAGUCAGACGAGCAGAAGGUACAGAGAGAUGAAUGGAAGAGGAGGAUCUGAGCGAGCGGGUAGAAGUUGCGAUUUGGAGAAGAUUUGACCGAUAAGGGGGGGAGCAAGAUUAUGUAUGGCCUUAAAUGUGUGGAGGAGUUACAAGGAGUCACAGAACACGGAAAAGGAAAAAAAUAGUUUCAGUUUAAAAUACCUUUUGAUUCAAAUGAUUAAAAUGUCUUUACACACAGCACUAUUUUUUCUUGGUCAAAUUAAAAAGGAACAAUUUGUGUGUUGUAAUCCCUUGUUGCACUUAUUUUCAUGCCAAAUAAACUGCCAGCCUGCAAUCUCUAAUAAAAAUUUGUCCUCUCUUCUUUGUUGACUGACAAUAAGGUAUAUUUCUUUAUUACACCAUAUAUGUGGCAAAAUGGCUUAGAAACAUUGGUGCUCUACUAUAAAGUGCUUACAUUUGCAGCAAAUAAACAAUCCAACAUGCCCAAAGGUUUGAGG